GAACCGGGUUUUCGUUUAGCGUGUAUAGUUGCGGUACGGUUUCUCCUGUGUGAACUUGUUACUAUAGUCUGCAUUUAGUCGCGUUUGGAUGAUGUGACAAAGUCGACUAUUUUAUAUUUUUUUCGGUGUAUAAUCGCGACGUGUCUAAUUUUUUUGUGCGUGAUAAACUAACCGAUAACAGAAUUUAAUUUGUAUUCGAUUUUCAGUGUACUGGAUUGUGUGUAUCCACGUUGAUUAACUGAGUGUGAACAAUCAACAUUUUUGAAAGUGAAAUCAACAUGAGACAGCCAGGAUUAAACAUAUUAAUUUGUAGUUGAAACUUUUGGUGUCAUGAAACUGAUUUUUGAAAACUUUUCAACAUAGUGAUUUUAUUUUAAACUAAUCAAAGUUUGGAUCGAAAACAAACAAGAAAAAUUUAUGGUAAAAAUGUCGGUGAUGCAAAUGCAACAAGCCAAAAGGCAGCAAUGCUACCUAUGCGAUCUACCCCGCAUGCCGUGGGCCAUGUUACACGACUUUUCUGAAGCAGUAUGCCGAGGUUGUGUCAAUUACGAAGGCGCAGAUCGAAUAGAAGUCGUUCUGGACGCUGCCAGGCAAUUGAAACGAGCUCAUGGUUUUCAAGAAGCCAGAGCUACUAGUCACACAACCAAAUCUCAUAGGGAUCAACAUCAGAAUGGUGAAGUUGUGGCUAAUAGUAGAUCGCAAAAUCAAUCUGCAGGUCAUCAUCAAAGUUACAGUAUGCAUCAUUCGAGAAAUGCUAUGCUGGAAGGUUAUCCUACGGCUCAACCGCCACCUCCGCCUAGAGGUAGUCAGGGGUUAGCCAGACCUCAAGUUGAAGCAAAUAACGAACAUGAGGCAAUGGUAACUAGGACAACCGUCCGCCUUCCCACACAUUUGGCGGCAGCAGCAGCCGCCCACCAUCCAUUACAAACCCACCAUCAUAGUUCAACUACCCGUCAAGCCAGCCUACCCGCCCAAAGCAUUAAACGUGGUAUGUCUGCUACGGCUGACGAUGACGAUCACCAUCCCCAUCAUCAUGCUAAUGGUGAGAUUGGACCUAAAAGAAUGCACACCAUAGACGAGCACGGUAAUUCUAGACAAGAACCUCAAAUGGUGAGACCACCAUUGACUAGAGGUGAAAGUUUACCUGCUGUUUCGUUGGCUCAGCCCUUUAUUGUAUCAGCUGAGAGGACAUUUAAACAGGAAAAACAUCCGAUGAGGACUGGGUCGUUUGAUGCUGGCACUGCUUUUAAAGUAAACGUACCAGUUUCAAUAGCAUCCACAAACGGCUCGAGUAAUUCUCCCCACAAUAGAACUGGCUCGCCCCCGGACGCUAACGCAACAGCUCCAGGUGCGCCUCAGCAGGUUCAAUCUCAACCUGGUUCAGGACAGAGCCCCAUGGCCGCUCUAAUGUCCGUAGCCGAUAAUUUGCCACCAGGAAGCCCUCGAUCGACUGGAGGUAGUCCUCCGAGUAAUACUGUUCCCAGAAGUGCUAGCAGGGGUAGUCAGCAUUCACCAAAUUCUACAGCUGGUUCAACAAGUGGUCGAAGAUCCAGUGGUUCUCGUCACGUCAGCUCUACAACAGUAACGUCAACGGAAGCUGGCGCUAUGGCUAACAAUAACGAAGCUUUGCCUGGAACCAACGAAAGUGUAACUGCAGCUACUACGCCAGCGGCUACAGCCACGCUGAAAUGCACCUUGUGCCAGGAGAGGCUGGAAGAUACGCACUUCGUUCAGUGUCCUAGCGUACCGCAUCAUAAAUUUUGUUUCCCUUGUAGUCGGGAUAGUAUUAAGAGGCAAGGAGCUGGGUCUGAGGUAUAUUGUCCUAGUGGUGAAAAAUGCCCAUUAGCAAACUCCAACGUUCCCUGGGCUUUCAUGCAAGGCGAAAUUGCUACGAUUUUAGGCGAAGACUACAAAGUGAAAAAGGAAAGAGAACCAUAAAGUCAUCAUUUAAGAACCAUGGGUAUAAAAAAAAAAUUCAUGAAAAAAUUGUUUUGAAGCCAUAAAACUAAUGGUAUGAAGUGGCGAUUGUUCGAUGUUUUUAAAAAGCCUGGAUUUAUGGAGAAGAGAAACGUGUAUAAAGUGGGAUAAAAUGGCUGUGGAAUUUUAGUUGUUAACGUUGACGGAAUCGGAAGCUUUGCGCGAAUGGAAAAAGUCGAAUUCCGUCAAUUGUACCGAAUUUAAUAGGGCUAUAAUAUCGCCGAAAGUUUUGUAAAUAAAACAGUGAAACAGUAGAAAAAAAACGAGAGUAUAAUUAUAUAAAAUAUUUUGAUUUUUUUUUUCCAGAGACGUUGCCUCCUUUAAUUUGCCGAAAUUAUUGCAUCGUGAACUUUAUUAUUUUAUUUUUCCUUGUAUAUAAAUCGUAAAAUGUACAAAAUUAUUGUUUUAUUUGUUAUUUUUUAAUUUGUUUUAACAUUUAUUGUAUAUUAUAUUUGUGCAUAAGAGGCAUUUUUUUUUUUCUGAAAAACAAUAUAGAACCUCUAUUUUAAUGGAGCUGUAAAUAUUAUAUAUUUGUUGGCUUAUAAAGUUGUACAAUGGCGACAGUAAUCGGAUAAGUAAUAUCCGUUUUAAAUUUUAUUGUCGCAUUAAUUUGUAAUUUGUAUGUAAUGAAAAUAUAUACUUUUAUUUUUUGACUUCUCAAGCCUGGUCAAAGCUUAUUGUGUAUAACACUAGUUUAAAUGUUUCACACAAUAAAUUUUGACCAGAGAACUGAGGUUUAAUUUUUUUUUAAGGUGGUACAUAAUAUGGGCCAUAGAUGAAUAAUUGUUAAUUAUUUUAAAUGUGAAAAAGUAUAAACUAGUCAAAAAAAAAAACGCAAGGUUUACUAGGACUUUGCUUAAUAGGAACUCCGACACUCGCUCAUAAUUUUUAAGAAGAGUAUUUAAACAUUUCUUAAUAUUUAACUAACAACUGGUCAAUAUACUAUGGCUUAAACCUGGGAUUUUCAUUGUACAAAAAAAUAUACAGGGUGUAAAAUUGUCAAUUCUAUGUGCUUUUUAUAUACACUCUGUAUAUUUUGAAUUUUUAAUUGUGAACAAUAAAAUGUUGGUCUUAAAACAAAUUGUGACCUUUGGAAUUAAUAACAUUUUAAUAAAAAAAUUGUGAAAUAAAGUUGUUUUUGUGUACCUCACAACCAGUUAUGUAGAGACAUAAUUCUAGUGUAGACCUUUUUUUUAAUGGCUUCUCAGUAAAAUAGCUUGAUUGUGACGAUCAAUGCUGUUUUUCCGAGUAGUCAAAUUUUGUAUAAAAAAAUUGUAAUAAGAAAUAGAAAUUGAUCAUAUGAGUUAACUUGUAGAAAGUUUUUUUUCUCCUCCAGUGAAUAAAUAUUUAUUAAUAAUUUGUGAUGAAAAACCGCGAAUUGUUUGAUACUGUAAAUUUAUCGUAUUGACAAUGUCAGAAUUGUACAUUUUUUUAGGAGUCGUUACUUUCAACGACUGAAAAAGAUUUAUAAUAAAUAAUAAUAUAUGAAUUAUUGCGUAAGGCUUGUACAAUCCGUUUUUUGCUGUUAGUCGAUGUC